AUGUCCCAGCUAUUUCUACCGUCUUCGCCCGAGCCUGAUCUGAGCUCCUCUAAUACCCAGCAACAUGCUCCUACCUUGACUUUUUCAGCAUCCACAUCUCAAGUAGGUCACAUUGCAGAUCUACUAAACACAGUUACUUCCAUCAGCUCUCACGCCUUGAUGAUCAUCUCAGAUAAUGGCAUUGUGGUGUUCAGCGAGUAUAACCAUAUUUCCAAUGUCCAGCUUACCAUUGACCUGAGCUUGUUCUCUUCAUACUCGCUAGUUCUGGAUCUGGGUCUACGAGACGAUGAACCUAAGGAGCUACGCCUAGGCGUUGAUAUACAGAUGAUAGCAGAUUCGUUUACGGCUGCUGCUUCUACGUUGGUACCAAAGUUCAAAAGUUCCACUUCUUCCAAGCCUGAAACUGUGCUUUGCUAUAUCAAGUAUGGCGGUGAAGGUAACCCUUUGGUGAUAGAGUUUGAGGAUAGACUAAUGAGUGAAAAGAUAGAGUUCGCUACGUUUUACCUUGACAUUGAUUAUCCUUAUGACAAGUCUGAGGAUAGUGGGGCAGACUUGCUUGUUCGUCAUGAUAUGGUACAGUUUGAGCUUAUUGUGAAGAGUGACUUGCUUACUGUUCUUCUACAAGAUCUUCAGCAUAUCAACACAGAGAAUUUGUACAUAUACGUGUCGAACUGCAAGUCUUCUGGUAGCAAGAGAGAGACAAAUCAGCUCAAUUUCAUUUCUACGGGCGCAAUUGGGUACCUGAAGCUUCUAUUUCCUAGUGCCAAAACGAUGAUGGAGAAACUCGAGAUCUUUAAGGUGGAGAAUGGGACGAUGGAGCCAACCAAGGAUUCGGUGCUUUCGUGUUUUUCCUUUUCUCCAUUUAUCAAGAUCUUUAAAGCGGUGAAGCUUUCGUCAAAGUGCAAGCUUAUGAAGGAUGUAUCUGGUAUAUUAUCCCUUCAGCUUCUUUGCAAACAUCCAGGCGUGGCAAACUACCCUGGUUCUUUAAUUACAUUUAACAUUAUAGAGAAAGCAUUGGUUGGUGACGAGUCGGAGCAGCUCAACGCUGCUGAAGUUAAUGGAGUUUUUGAUGACAAUCAUUAUCAUUAUAUUGAAAACUAUGACCAGCUGGUUACGGAAGACGUCAGAGCGGCCGAGUUGGCUAGAGAGGCUGCUCAAUCAGUAGUGGCACAGGAUGCCGCUGAGUUGGUAGAACCUCCAGCUCCUUUCGGCACUCUUUCGUAUGCAUCAUUUAAGAAACCUCAGCGUUCAGGGCAACCUUCAGAAACGCAAGCGUCAAAAAGACAAAAGCACCUGGAGAGCAGGCACGACGAUCAAGACGACCGCGAUGUUUCUGUCAAUGGCCCUGUAGAGAUUCCGAUCUUCUUAUAG